UUGGAUGAGAGAGUUAGAUACCGAUAUUCUCAUAUUAUUAGAAACCUGGCUUACAAAAUUGAUUACUGACAGAGGCAUAACGGGCUAUAAUCUUUUCCGUUGCGACCGCCCCAGAAAGGAUGGCGGUGUUGCAAUUUAUGUAAAAAGCAAAUUCCAUGUUACUGUCGAUUCAUCGGUAUCUGUUCGUAAACAGUUUGAACUUCUUGCCCUCAAGCUCCAACUUUUCAAGGGCUAUUUUAUUACCAUUGUGGGUUGUUAUAGACCCCCCUCGGCUAGUAGUAGAUAUUUUUACCAGCUUUGUUAAGUAUAUAGCACUAUUAUCCGAUGUGUGCAAGGACACCGAGCUGCAGGAAUGGAUCAAUGAGAUAUUUACACACGGCGUCUUAGGAAACAAACUCUCUGGUAAAUAAUAAAUACCCUUAAUUAUAUUUGUCAAAUAAAGCCUAGGUUAUAAUGAAAAAUAUAGUGACUGACAGUGAGCGUUCUGUUAACAGGGUUUCCGGCAUCCUUUAAUACUGUUGAGGAGGUGAUCAAGUUUAUCACCAUGGUGAUCUUCACAGUGUCAGUUCAACAUGCUGCACUCAAUAAUGGACAGUUUGACUACAGCUCCUGGAUGCCCUAUGGCUCAGGCUUGCUUCACAAACCUGCUCCAACCACAAAGGGGCAGUCAAGCAUGACGACAUUAUUGGAGACUCUUCCAAAUAUUGGGGAGACAGUAAAGUUUGCAGGAAUGCUUUGGGUACUUUUCCACAAGUAUACAGAUGUGGUUCUGUUGGGUCAGUACCCUGAAGAACGAUUCGAUGAACCUACCCCGAAACAAAUGAUUAAAGAGUUUCAAGCAGAGCUGUCCUACCUCAGUGAAGAAAUUACAGCAAGAAAUUCUCGGCUUGAAGUACCCUACACAUAUCUGAACCCGACUGAAAUAGAGAACAGUGUAACCAUUUAG